AUGGAGGCAUUAGAGUAUACGGAGGAGAAUGCAGACUGCUUUCCCGGUCACAUAUUUCGCCACUUCCGUACACAGGGAAAACUCAUCGACCUACGAAUUAUGACGAAGGAUGAAAAGUGCGUGAAGGCGCAUCGAAUGAUCCUGGCGGCCAGGUUUCCCCUUAUACGGAAGGCAAUGACCUCAGGAGAGGGUAAAAUGGUGGUUCAAUGGAAGCGGUUUUCUGAGGACAUUGUAGAGGCAGUCAUCAACUACGCAUAUACGGGCAGUCUUACAAUCUCCGCGGAAAAUGCCACACGACUUUAUAUGCUGGCGCAUAAUCUCGGCUCCGGGAGGCUUGUCUCUUGGUGCGAGGAGUUUUUAGGACCAAGGAUUACCCUGGACAACGUAGGAGAAAUUUGGUCGAUAGCCAAUAUCACGUUGAACAGUGGACUGAUGGAAGCGUGCAUUCCAUUGAUGUCAAAGAAUUUUGAAAACCUGUGUUUUCGGCGAGACUUACUGCGGCAGACAACAUCGGAGUACUUGGAGAUCUUGCUAGAGAACAAACAACCAGAGGGUGUGAGUGAGGAGACCAAAUUUCGAGCCAUUUCCGAGUGGCUGGAGGCCGGUUUUGAUGUGUGUGACUUGGAGAAAAGGGCAAAAGAAUUUACAAAAAUUAUUUCAAAGAUUGAUUUGACCGGCAUAUCUCCUCAAUUUCUCACGGAAUUUUGGAAACUGGGGGAAGGAAUAUGCAGAAUUACUCUCUGCAGAAAUUACUUCACCAAGUCUUGGAACGAAGUCAACCAGCAACGCGAUCAAGCCGAGAUCCACGCUGUGAAUAUUGCAUCACGUCGGAAAAUGACUCAAUUUUCAUUUUUGGAGGACACUAUCAUGGACGAUGCCUUCCUUUCUGCGAAAGAUUGGACUCCGCCAGUGGAGGACAUGCCAACUGCGCGACAUGGAAUGUCGGCGUUAAAUAUUGCAGACUUCGGAAUCGUGGUCGUUGGUGGAAGUGAUCGAGCUGAUUCGAAUUUACCGUUAUCUAGAGACGCCGAAAUGUUGAUGAAAGUUCCAACAGAUGAGAGUGGAUGGCAAUGGAAGAAGCUUCGUCCGAUGUUGAAGGAACGCUACCGUCCAGGAAUCGCCUGCUUCAAUCGAUGCGUGGUGGUUGCUGGAGGAGACUCCGAGUGCAGUGUCGAAAGUCUUUCACUGACAUCCAAAGCUCAGUGGACUCGUCUUCUUGGAGUCAAUACGUAUGGCCCGAAAAUCACAUCUCUUGUCGCAUUUAACAACAGGCUGAUAUUAUUAUCAUCAGACGACUCAGGAGGAGAUGCUUAUGAAUUUCUACACAAUGAAGGGGAUCAAUCACUGGAAAAUUAUGCAUGGAAGCCAAUAUUCCGGUUGGGCAACAUGAUGUCGUCAAGGCUUUUGGUGACAAGAGAAAAACUGGAAUAA